AUGUGGACGGGUAUAAGUUAUGGUUCUCGGUGCUUAGCUCCACAAACAGGCUUGGACGAGGAGGAGAAGAGGCGCUUUUGGGAGGAUUUAGACGAAGUGGUGGGAGGUAUACCGCCCACUGAGAAGUUAUUCAUAGGAGGAGAUUUUAAUGGACACAUCGGGUCAACCUCGGGGGGUUAUGAUGAUGAGCAUGGAGGUUUCGGCUUCGAAGUCAGGAGUGGAGGUGGAGUCUCACUUCUGGAUUUCGCUAAAGCUUUUGGAUUGGUGGUAGCCAACUCGAGUUUCCCAAAGAGGGAGCAACACUUGGUAAGCUUCCGUAGUUCGACGGCUGCGACUCAGAUAGACUUUUUGCUCCUUAAAAAAGAGGAUAAAGGUCUUUGUAAAGACUGCAAGGUCAUUCCGAGUGAGAACCUUAUGGCCCAGCAUAAGCUCUUGGUGAUAGAUUGGAGAUUUUGA